ACUGCUCCAGCUCAUGCCUUGAAGAUCAUUUUCAGCUUUCUAUCUUCUGUUUUAGUGAAGAGAGUAAGCCGUCCUCAGAAGGUGUGCCUGUGUCCAUUCCUGCCAGUACAUCCACUAAAAGUCUCCACCUGCUUAUAUAUAAUUCAGCAUCCAGCAGAGGAAAGUCGAGUGUUAAGGACAGUACCUCUGCUAGCUGCUUGUCUCCCUCCAGACAAAUGUAAAGUUUUGAUUGGUCGACGUUUUAGUGAAGACAGGUAUCCUGAAUUAGCAACUGUGUGCAGAAAUCCCAAUACUCUAAUUUUGUAUCCUGGAGCUGAAGCAACUAAUCUGGAAGAAGUUGCUUUGAUGCCUUCUAGUCCAUCUGUGAUGAUUAUCAUCGAUGGAACAUGGAGUCAGGCUAAAGAUAUAUUUUAUAAAAACUCUCUCUUCCGGCUUCCCAAGCAGGUGCAGUUAAAAACCAGCAUUUCAAGUCAGUAUGUAAUUCGUACACAGCCCACAAACACUUGUCUGUCUACACUUGAAUGCGCAGCUGUUGCUCUUUCCAUCAUGGAAAAAAAUAAGAGUAUACAAGAGACUAUGCUCCGUCCACUUCAAGCUUUAUGUUCUUUCCAGCUUCAGCAUGGUGCCCAGAUCCAUCACAGCAAGGAGCAUCUUCUCAAAAAUGGCCUAUAUGACAAGCCCAUGCCAAAGAAUAAACGCAAACUCAGAAGAAUGGAACUUUUGGCCAGAGAGCUACAACCUUGUCUACAAGAAGACAAUUGCUCCUGUCCAGAGCACCUGGAUAUAUCAAUGCCAUACUUUGAAAAAGAAGAAAAGAAUUACUGAAGAAAAAAAUUACUGAGAAUGUACAGGGAGAUUAUGGGAGUAAAAAGCAAACUUCAACUAUAUAAGCCAUUUUUACCAUACUCUGCUGUGUUGCUUUAAUACUUUUUUUUUUUUAAAGGUAUACUUAAGACACUGUUCUCUUGUUUGCCUGAAAGUAAAUGUGAUACGUUAUGGUGCAAUGAAAUAAUGCUGCUUCUGUAUAAACCCAGGGAUUAAGUCUACUGCUCUGCUUAUCUGGCCUUGUCGUCCAUGAAUGGAGCUUUGAAUAGAACAUCCAGCCGUGGCCUUGUCUGAAGAAUUCAGGCUUCCUGGGAAUGUGAUACUUGUUUCACCAUAUCAGAACAUCCCAAACUGCUGAAGGCACUGUGAGCUAAACAACAAUGGGGAGAGGCAGUAGUUUUGUUCCUGAACUAACUGCAAGCAAGCAAGUCGGUGAUAAGAGAAACUGUAUAUUACUGCUGGCUGUGGUUACAGGCAUAGCUGUACCUGUGACUUGCCUCUCUGUAAGGGGCCCAUUUUUAACUAAGCAUGACUCCUUGGUUUGAUUAAAUGUCCACCUGCCUUGCCUGACAGGGUCAAAUGAGGUUGACUGCAUGUAGAGGUAUGUUGGCAUGCUCUCCCAGUUUCUGAUGACUUGUAGCACAGGCAUAUGCUGAGAUAAAAACAGUAUCUUAAUAUCUAAUAGGUCUAGGAUAUUUUUUCCUUAUUUUAGUUCUCUGAGUAGAAUCCCAAAUUUAGCCUGAGUUACCAGUGUGAAACACUGGUUUUUAUCAAAGGCAUUUUCUUUUUCGUUCUGUGUGGGCAGAUAGAUGCAGCAGCCUUACUUGAAGUUUCUACCCUAAGAUGCCCCAAAUUCUCUUGUCUUCUGUCUAUCUUAAGGUAUUAGCCUCAUUUGAACAAAACACAGAAUUUCCAAGGCUGCAACUCCUGUGCUGUAAUGCAUUGGUCACUCGGAGAUACUGACUUUGUUCUUACCAAUGGUCAAGCAUCACCCAGGACCAGGCUAACUCUUGACUUAUGAUCUAGCUGAUAUCAAGAUGGUAAUCAAAUGCAGAAAUGCAUAUUAAUGUUAGUGAAUAUCCUUUUCUUCCUUUCUACAGACCUAUAUUUGAUCUGUUAUUUAAUGACCAGUUUUACUACAUGUCCCUGAUGAACUGUUGCUGAUCCUCAAGUACUUUUACUUUUACCUUCUUGUUCUUCCCUGUGAAGGCUAUGUUUCACAGGACUUGGCAGGUAUGGACAGAACAGAGAUCCUCUUAAACCCAUACUACCGCUUAGUCAGGAAGAUGGGUCUGGGAUAUCUUUCCCCAUCCUUCCCUGGACCAGUCAUGUUGCUUCUGUGUUGCAUCUAGUUUCCUAGUCUUUUCUAGUCUUUUACUCGCGAACUAGGAUCAAGGCAUAAGAGUAUAAUGUGUUUUAUCACUCUUGACUACUGCUUUAAAAAAAAAAAAAAAAGAACUUAGAGCUACUAAGCCACCUAUUUGGAUUAGGGCAAAGAUAAGAUUUAAAGGAAAACCUAUUUUGCCUGUAUUUACAGGAUUUGGGAAGACAGGCAGGAAAUAGAGCUGGUGCUGUGCAGUAGGGUUGAGUAGCCAGGAGGUGGCACCUGAAGUAUUCCAUUGCACUGAGAGCAGAAAGCAACCUAUAAAUAACACUGCUUUUGCUUCUUUGCAAGGGGAAAGGCUGUACUUUGUUAGCUGUGUGCUAAAAGGAAAAGUCAUAAUGGAGUGGAUGCCUGCUUUCAUCCAAACAUCUCAAGCAUCCCUUCUGAUCUUUGAAUUAAUUCUGGGUAUGAUUAUGGAGUGGUACCCAGAAUUAAUUCAAAGGUUGGAAAAAUGUUUGCCAUUUGAUGCCUGUUCAGAUUCUUUUUUUGACUGACUUGAAAAUUGCUAGGUAACUUCUGGGCUUUUGGGGGGCAUGCUUUUGUUUUCUUUAAUGUGUUUUGUUUUCUGUUUAUCAAGAGGCUAAUGUUCUGACUUGUUGUGCUUGGAGUAUCAUUGAUGCUGACAGGCAAUCAGAAUAUUUUUUUCAUCUUGGCAAUGCUUUUAAUCUUACCAGCUUGGUUUAAGUGGUCUCCAAACAGCUUCCACCUGACUAACACUCUAGUCUAUAUAUAAAUAAAUAUACCUGAUGUAUAUUUUAAGUCUGCAAGGCAAUGUGAAUAAGGAGAAAUCAAAGCACAGCUCGACCAUUAGUCCAUGACUCUGUUUUCCCUUACUGACCAGAAGCUUUAUAGAGCGGCAUUGUCAGCUGGAUUAUUAGUGCUAUGGAGAAGAUGGCUGUUUCAGCCACUUGCUUUAAGUGGUUAGGAAACCACAAGCUACAGCUGAUCUGACUUCUUCUGUAAAAGAAAUUACAUAGCCUGAAUCAUAGCUAUUUAAAACGUUUUCACCUUUAAUAAGGUGCAACAGCCAGCUGGGGAAUUCUAGCUUUUGAUUAAAUGCUUGGAGCAGCCAACCCUUCAACUGUACAACUUCCAAAAUGGCAGGUGAUGCUUUUUCUCCCUCAGGUAGCAAGUGAAAAUAUGCCUGUAUUCCUAAUUACAUUGAAACUCACCAAAACAAACAAACAAAACAAAACAAAUGGACUUUUUCUUAAUCUGGUUUCUGAAGAACAGUAUUUACUGUUAGGAGAAUGAUAGUAGCUAAAUCCCUCUUGGUUUCCUUUUGUCUUGCAGUGAAAGAUGCCUCCUGACCUUGGAUCUCAGUUAUGCCUGUGCCUUUAGGUGAUACUUUAGCAGCAUAAAUGGGUUUUAAGUGAGACUUAUGGGAUCCUUUCAGGAGAGCACAGGUGUGAGGAGCAGGCAUCAGCCACCCCAGCUCUGAGGUAUGUAAUUAGGUCAGAUAUGGAAGACUACUGUACAGGUAGAUACCAGAAGCGUGUGGAGUGUGCUCCUAGCAGCUACGUGAACCAAAGCCUACAUUUUAAGGGUGGAUGCACCAGGAUGUCAGGAAACUAUAGCUUUUGCCCUCCAUCCUUGUUAGCACUGCCCAAGAGCAAAGUAGGCUCCAUGUCAUGUGAUAGUGCCAAGAACAGCCUGGCUACUACCUGCAGCCUGGCUUAAACCUUUCUUUGGGCCAAAAGAGAGCCUGGUUCCUCUCCAGGAAAUGUAAGAGCUCACAGUGGAGGCUGAGAAAUGCCUAUUCCAUCACUGAAUGGACAUUCAGCCUUAUGGCCAGGUAUGUCUCGCACAAGUGCGCUUACAGAUUCCCACAUCCCCACUUGCUUCCCACUGUGGUGUGUGUGGUUUGGGGGGUGAGGGGGGCAGGGGUUUUUUGUAUCUGUUUUAGAUGUUUUUCUUAGCAGAUACUGCUAGCAGAAUAAAUGCUUUUACUUGAAAUGCCUGUUGAAGAUGAACACAAAAGAGCACAUAUGUAAUGUUGUAGCAAAUUUAUGAAACUUACUUUCAGUAAAUCUUCCUUCAAGUGUUCCCCUUUCCCUGAACUUGGCGCUUGUGUUCAUACACUCUCCUGGCUAAUGGUAAAACAAAGUCUCCUUCAGAAAACAGCCUCCACCACCACCUCCUUCCCCUAGAAUAUAACCUAACUGCUCAGCCUGUCCUGACAUGACUGGUGGGGUUAGGUUUCUGUGCAGUGUCUAUCAGCUAUGCUCUGCUUCUAAGCUGAUUUCUUUCUAGUAGAGACCUUUAGAUAGGGUAGCAAACAAGUCUAGGCUGAUCUUCACAUAUGCUGUGAUCUGGUCUUUUCUGACAUUUAGGUGAAAGUUGUGUGUGUGUCAUAGGUUUUCCAAGGGAUGAACUGUAGGUCCAAUCUACCAGAAGCACAAGUCCUAAAUAGCUUGAUACGACUCAGUUUUAGUGUUUUUAUAAUGUCAGCACGCAGGAAUAACUGAUACAAACAGGUGUAUCAGGUGGGGGCACUAUUGUAGCCAGAUGCUCAGAUCUGAUCUCAUUUGCAUUUGAAAACUUAUAGCAGCAGAGUAUGUUUCUGCUAAAGUUUCCAGCCCUCCUAAAGCUGCUGUUUAUCAGGAGCUUUCUUGUGGCUCGACUGCUGGUUAUCGUUUAAAAUGAUCUGUGCUACUGAGUGGAAAAACAACAGCAAAAAAGACUAAUAUAGGGAACGUAACUUCCUGGGUUGCUUGCUGUUCAAGUUUAGUUUACUUUAUUAAUGAGCCAAACCUUAUUUUUGUCUAUAAAAAUUUCCUUCAAAACAGUAACAGUUUCCCUAUGAGUUCUGCCAAAACAAAUAUUCCCGUUGCUUUAUCUUGUGACAUAAGCUGAUGUUCCAUACACUUUGUUUCUAGAUACGCUUUCUACCAUAAAAAGACAGUCUGUAUCCAAGACGAGUUUCCAAUAUCCCUGUCUUAUUUAAGAGAUAAAUGCUUUGAAAGCAUUUAUUGGACUCAUUUCUGGAAUUAACUCUUACACCAAACAGAUACAUCUGUCUGGUUUUAUUUUGUGGUAGCUGACCAGAAAUAGAAAGUAGAGAAAGGGGAGAUUUCAGUUGUGUUUUGUUUUGUUUCCCAUUCUGUGAUAAAGUUGCAAUGAAAUGUUAAAUGAACAGUUUAAAGCUGCUGACAAAACAAAAGCCAUGCUAUUUGUGAUA